CCGCUGCCCGAACAUCCCUCUUUCUCUCUCGCUCUUUCUGUCCCUCUCUCCUCCUUUACUCAGAGUUACCACUUCACUUCUCCAAGGACUGUCUCCAAACUUUGCUUUUACGCGCGUGUGCCCAGAGCGCGCCGGACUUUUGGAUAAAGUUCUUUUUCUUGUUUUAAAUUUUUGAGGGGAACUUUUUGUUGGACACUUUUGUGCGUCAGGACGAUGUUACUGAGAGGAGACCAGCUGCCGCUCCAAUAAAACAUGGGGUGCACUGCUGGAGGUGGACGGUGGAGCGUGCGCGGAGUCUUUCCUCUGGUGCUGCUCUGGAUGUGCCUCCACACAAAUGUUCUCGGCUGCGUGGCUCCAGACUGUAAUCUCUCCCUGCACGGUUCACACGGGGUGAUGAAGUCCCCCUGCUACCCCCAAAAGUACCCUAACUCCCACGCCUGCCGCUGGACCAUACAGGCACCCACGGGACACAUAGUUCAGCUCACCUUUCUGGACUUCGAGCUGGAGGAGGCGCCCGGGUGCAUUUACGACUGGGUGUUGGUGAAAACGGGGCGGACGGACGUGAAGUUCUGUGGGCUCACGGCGCACGGGCUCACGCUUAACUCCACCAGUAACAUGAUAGUGCUCAGCUUUCACUCGGACUUCAGCGUACAGAAGAGGGGCUUUUAUGUGGAGUACAAACAUGUCGCUGUGGACCUGAGGAACCAGAAAAUUGCUGUUAAUAGUGGAAACAGUCAGGUGACCAAACUGUCCUCCUCCAUCACCAUGCCAACACUCAGUCACCUGACCGUGUGCUUCGAGGCCCAGCGCAGCUCUACCAAACAGAAAGAAUGGCUGUUCUCUUACUAUGACAGCAGCAAUGGUGUGGCCCUGAGUUUUGGAGCCAACCAGGAAGAGAUGUAUCUGAUUGUGGAUGGACGGGAGUGCUCUGUGGACUCUCUGAUGACUCAGUCUAACCUCACCUCUUCCAUGACCCCUGUGUGUGUGGUGUGGACCUCUGCCAGUGGCAAAGUGGUCCUUUACUACAACAACCAGUACCUCUCCAAGAGCUGCAGUGCACUCAGUGGGAGGUCGGUGCCUGCGGGGGGACUAUUCCAACUCGGAGGCCAGCACAACUUUGAGGGCUAUAUAUAUAACCUGCGUCUGUGGGACUACUCCAUGUCACAGCAGCAACUCAGCGCUCUGACCUGUGACACCCAGGGCAACGUCAUCGACUGGGACAACAGCUACUGGGACGUGCCCUCCACAAUGGCCCAAACUGAUGCCUCUCUCUCCUGCAUCUGCUACCCAAAUUGUGUUAAUUUAACCACCGCUGCGCCAACUAGUGGUGUGUCUCCACCGAGCAUCACGUCCCCCACCUCCAGCUGUGCCUCCUCAGGACUCGGCUGUCCAGCCUCUUCUUCUGCCUCCAACCCAUCCACUGCCUCCACUAACUCCACCCCUGAUACUAACGCCACCACCAGCCACGCUCUGUCACCUUCCACCCCUCCAUCCAUCACCCCCAGCACUGCUCCACCCACUUCACCCAAUAACCAGACCCUAACUUCAGCCGCCAGCACCACCUCUGCUCCCCCCUCCUCCGCUGGUGCUUUGCCAUCCACUCCCAUGAACACCACCCACCUGCAUAAUACCAUCGCUUCUACCACUGGUGCUAAUGUUACUGUAAGCAACCACGCUAACAGCACUGCUGGCAUCCAACCUUCCAUAACUACUAGCAACACUGCCACGACUGUUAGAAUCAAUGGUACCACAACUGAUGUGGUUAACGCUACCACCAUUGCCGCCAAUGCUACAGUCAAUGCUACAGUCAAUGCUACAGUCAAUGCUACAGUCAAUGCUACAAUCAAUGCUACUGCCUCACCUGCUAACACUACUGCAGCCAACGCUACUGCAAGUGCACAACUGUCCACCAGCAUCUCAUGGGCAUCAGCCACUAACUAUCCACCUACUAACCCAGAUGCGCAUGAUAGUUUGUUUUACCGAGUGGCCUUUGUGGUGGAGGACAGCACUCUGACCAUGUCCCAAGCUGAUGUCGAAGAGGCUGUGGUCAUCUGGUUAAAUCAAACAUUUCAAAAUUGGACCCAGUCUGUUUAUGUGGACUUCAUCAGUGUGCAGUCUGGGUCACAAAACAAUGGUGUCAUGAGUUACCAGUGCCAGGCGUUGCUGAUUCACUAUUUCACCACAAACGAGAGUCUGGAAGAAGCAGCUAAAACUCGUCUGUCCAACUACGAGGCUCAGCUGGGGACCGGGCUCCGCAUUCAGACUGACUCCAGCAGUGUUUCACUCAUAUACAACUGCCCAGAGGAGGUGUCUGUGCAUUAUCGAUGGCCAGAGUCUCGCCCCACAGUGAGCCACACUCUGCCCUGUUUCCCCAACAAGGACAGCAGCACCUCCCGGACAUGUCUGAUCAGUCCACAGAACUUCACAUCUCACUGGUCGACUCCAGACACAAGUAACUGCACUGUUAUCAAUGACAUCCAAGUGUCCGCAGAAAAUGCAGCAGAAGUGGCAGGCCAGCUUGUUGUCAUCACCAACAAUGAGCUGUCCCAGGAAGAGGUGUCUCAAGUGGUGAUCAAAGUGAAAGAGCUGGUGAACGUGGCCAAAAUCAACACCACUUUGGCUCAUACUGUGGUCACUAUUAUCUCCAAUGUGAUGAAGAGGCCUGAGACCACACUGCCAGCUACAUCAGAGAAGGCUCUGAAGGCAGUGGAUAAACUGGCACAGAAGAUUGAGUUUGAGGGAGACACAGUGAGCAUCACAUCCAAACAUCUGGCUGUGGGCGUCUCUUCUCUGAACACCGCCAUGUUUAAAGGGACCAAUUUCAGCGCCUUCAUCGGCCCCAACUCCUCACAGCCCCAGAUUGACUUUGCAUCUAAGCGUGCUAACCCAUUAGCUCAGGUGACCCUCCCGGCCUCUCUCCUCGCCAACAUCUCUCUGACUGAAACCGAACGAGCAUCUCUGUCCAGGAUCAACUUCAUGUUCUUCUCCAGCACAAACCUUUUUCAGAAAGAGCAGGACGGCUUGUCUCUGAACAGUUACGUGGUGGCCAGCAGUGUUGGGAACUUCACCAUCAGUAACUUGCGUGACCCAAUUAGGAUCGAGAUCGCACAUCUCACUGAGCAGGCAUUUGACUCUCUGAAGCCACCGGUCUGUAUGUUCUGGGACUUCACUAUGAGAGAUGGCGAUGGAGGAUGGAACAGAGAGGGCUGUCACGUCUCAGCAGAAUCCACACGCAACAAAACUGUCUGUCUGUGCAACCACCUCACUCACUUUGGCAUCCUCAUGGACAUUUAUGGAUCAUCCGCGUACAUCAAUGAACGGAACACCAAGAUCCUCACCUUCAUCACCUACAUCGGAUGUGGAAUUUCUGCUGUUUUCUCAGCUGUGACCCUCCUGACGUACAUUGCAUUUGAAAAGCUUCGUCGUGACUAUCCCUCCAAAAUCCUCAUGAACCUUAGCACAUCCCUCCUCUGCCUCAAUCUGACGUUCCUAUUGGACGGCUGGCUGGCCAGUCUGAGCUCUGAUUGGCUGUGUGUCUCAGUGGCCGUGUUUCUUCACUACUUCCUGUUGACGUCGUUCACCUGGAUGGGCCUGGAGUCCAUCCACAUGUACAUCGCUCUGGUCAAAGUCUUCAACACCUACAUCCGCAGAUACAUCCUCAAGUUUUGCCUCGUGGGAUGGGGUCUUCCAGCUGUGAUAGUGGGAACAGUGGCUGCAAUAGACAAUACCUCCUAUGGGGUUCAGGAGUAUGGCAAAGGGGCCAGUGGACACGGAUCAUCUGAGUUUUGCUGGAUCAAGGACCCAGUGGUGUUCUACAUCACCUGUGUGGGAUAUUUUUGCCUUAUAUUCCUCCUAAAUGUAGCCAUGUUUAUCGUGGUUAUGCUGCAGAUCUGUGGGCGCAAUGGUAAAAGAAGCAACCGGACGCUACGAGAAGAGGUGUUGAGGAACCUGCGCAGCGUCAUCAGUCUCACCUUCCUGUUGGGGAUGACUUGGGGAUUUGCGUUUUUUGCCUGGGGCCCAGUCAACUUAGCUUUUAUGUAUCUAUUCUCUAUCUUCAAUUCAUUGCAAGGCCUCUUUAUUUUUAUCUUCCACUGUGCGCUGAAGGAAAAUGUGCAGAAGCAAUGGAGAAGAUACCUCUGCUGUGGACGUUUCCGUUUGUCUGACAACUCAGACUGGAGUAAGACAGCCACAAAUAACACAAAGAAAGUGAGUUCUGAAAAUUUGGGCAAGUCCCUGUCCUCCAGCUCCUUUGGCUCCAGCACGGCAAACUGGACAUCCAAGGCUAAAGCUACACUCAACCCCUUCAGCAAACGCCAUAGCAACACAGAUAAAUGCUUUCCGACCCCGAGUGGCCCAAAGUGCGUCUCCUCCUCGGUGUCCUCCUCGGAGCUGGAGCCCACUUCCUCUCCCUCCUCCAUACUUCCUGUCAGCCAGAUGAUCGAUAAGGUCAAAGGUUACUGCUCUACUCGCUCUGACAACUUCUACAAAAACAUCAUCCUCUCUGACGGAUUCAGCAACAGCACCAAGUUUUGAACCAGAUUUCUCUCUGUGGACAAAUCACUUUUUUUUACAAUUUUUUUAGUUGGGGGAAUAGAUGCAUACAGUUCUAGCUUCAGAGUAAAAAAUAUUUGUGCCUUCUCAUGGCUUUUUACACAUCCUUUUCUUUUUUGACCAAAGACGUUAUGAAGUGCUUUUCAAUCCAAGUUUUUGUUAUUCUCACAAUGUUAAACAAAAUAGAACUUAUUUGCCGCCUAAUCAUAUUUAUAGUCUAUUCUCUCCCAGAUUGUUUAGUUCGCAAUAGCACGGUCAUGCCAGAAACAAUAUUCAAUACUGCUUUACAAUUUAGACCAAUAUUUGUGAAGUUGUGUCUUAAGCCAUAAAAAGUGCACACUGCUUUGUAUUGUAACUGUCCAAAAUUAAGAUCCGUCCAUCCGUUUUUCAGCGUGUUAUACUCCACCACAAUUUACACAAUUUACUGAUACUAAAGGACCUAUACCAAAGUUUGCUCAGCAUCUAUCAAAAGAUCAGAUACAUGUUCUAAGUUUACAAUAAUUUUAAAUGGUUUGCAGUGGUCCAAAGUUAUUCCUCCCUCUCCUAAUUCAUCCCUAUAGCGUCUUAACAUUGGUCACAUGACAAUUUGUAUAGUUCUAUGUGCUAUUUUAUGAUUGUUAGGCCACCCCCCUUCCCAUAUUAUCAUUAUAAUUAUGGAUCAUGUCUUUUUUUGUCACCCAUUAAAAUAUUAUCACUGGAAGAAACAACCCAAAGACCAUAACACUUAAUUCCUACUCUGUCCCAAUGCUUUUGCUUUGAAGUCAUUUUUCCUAUUUAUCUUUCCAGUUGGUUGUAUGUGUUUUCAUGAAACCUAGCUGCCUUUUCUUAUCUUCAUACAUGGUGAUAGAGAUAAUGUUGGACAAAGUUGGACAUGGUGAGUUUUAAAUCCGUGGAUCAGUGCUCUGGGUGGUCACUGUAAAAAAAAAAAAACGCUCUUCUACUGUAUCUUAUCACGUUACAAAUGGGCCCGGACUAUGAGGAAAUGAAGAGCGGUGGAGGUGGGAGAGUACAAUAAUAUACAUUACUGUGCACAAGUCCUGUCGGCAGGUUUUUAAAGACUCAAAUGUGUUUUUAACCCUCACACUCUCCUCAGGGUCACAUUGAUCUGAAGAAAAUUUUUUUCCCUUCCCGCUCUCUUGGGGCGGGCCAAUCAGGCCCAGAAAUUUAUUUUCAAAUAAAUUCUCGCUAGGCCAGAAAAUUAAUUUUUGGGUCUGAUUGACCCACCCCUAGAGAGCGGGAAGGAAAGGAAAAUUUCUUCGGGUCAAUGUGACCCCGAGGAGGGCGUGAAGAAAUAUUUAAACAGUUUUUGGAUUGACAAGAUUUUUUGCCAAAAGUCCUGCACCGUGCAAUAUAACGUUCUAUGGUGUGGCCUGCUCUUCCUUACUAGUCUCCAUGGAGAUGUUAUUGCAUUGCAUGGAAAGUUCUCCAGUAUGGCAUUAAACAUAUCUUGCAUUUAUUCAAUUACACAUGUUUUUAUGGCUAAAAAUACUUCCAAAAACAUGCAUUUUUACUGUGAGCUGCUUGAGAUAGAUGUGUUUAAUGUGUAACAUUCCAGAUAAAACAAAGGCAUCCCUGAGAAGACAAGGAGGUUGGGGACCAGAAAAGUUAGAUAAUGCUUAAGUGAUGGAAAAAAGUAGGAACAACACCAUAGCAAUUAACAAUUCAAAGUAAUGUAUUCUUUUAAAUUGUUAAAAGUCCUCAAAAUGAGAUAGAUAGUGCUGAGAAAGCCUCUUGUUGAUUGGUAAAUGUUUUUUUUUUUUUAUAAAAAUCUAAAAAAAAAAUUACAAAAAUUAAAAUUCUCAUGACACAAAAAUCACAAACAACGCAACUAAAUCAGGUCAAAAACAGAACUAGACCUGGACUCUACAAGUACUAUAUCAGGACUAAAACAGGUCUAAACCCAAGUAAGUCGACCUAAACCUUUUGCACAGUACUAUAUAUCUGGAGUGUUUUUGAUUACUGUAAUGUUUAUUCAGAGUAUGUAUGGAGCCAUAGACUUUGUAAAUAUUGAGAAUUCUGUGUUUUGUCUGUUGUGUUAUGUUAUAGGUUGCUUUUGUGCAUGCCAGUACAGGGUCCAGGAGGGGUCAAAAAGCCUUAUACAUAUAAACACAUUCCUUUGGCAUGCACCGAUUUGGAACACAGCUCACAAAGAGGUCAGAAUAAGUCUCUCCAACUGUCACUUUUCUGUUGAAGUUUCCAGACCAGACUCCUUUGAGGGGACAUUAUGAAACUGUAAGAUUGCUUGAGUGAAGUGAAGCCAGUUGUGUGAGUGAUUUGAACAUCGCAUGGCCAAGAGUGGCUCAGACCAGACGCUAAUGUUGGCAAACAGAUAAAUACUGAGCUGGCAAACCACAUUGUUGAGUUCAUGUCUCUACUCUGUUAUUAUCUAGCUUGGAAAUAAAGAUAUGCAAGUGUAUAAAAUCAGUGCAGUCACACAUUCUUCAAUCAAAUGAAUAAAAGUAACCAUAUACAGCAUUUUUAUGAGAAAGAAAAAAAUACCAAAUGUAUCUUAUGGGAUUUCAUUCUUAUAGUGUCCAAAAUAAUACUGUAAUGUUUGAAUGGCUGUAAGAAAUUUAACUUAACAGGCAUCCUUACAAUGAGAGGGGUCGCCCGUCCACUGAUCUUACCUGUAACUUGAUCUUGUGGUGUCACCUGCUUGCCUCCAUGGAGAUAUUUACAUUCACUGCGAGACUGUGGAACAUCUAGAAAAGGCAUGUCCAAACUAUGGCCCAUGGGCCAAAUGUGGCCUUCAGACAAAUUUUUCUUGGCCCUCACUCAGGCUUCCAGGUGAAUUGGCCCGAAUUACCUUGCAUCAAUUAAAAAUGAACUUUUUACUGCAAGUUUUUUGAAAAUAUAUCUUGAUAAAGCUAAUGUUUAGUAUUUAGUGUGUUGUUUUAAGGAUCUUAGCAUGAAUAAACACUGACGGCUCAUUCUAAAGUGUUAAACGUGCACAUAUUUCAAUUCUUCACUGUAUUGAGCUCCAGUCUACGGCCCUUGAUCAGCCCUCUGCUUCAUCUGUGUUUAGAAAUGUGGCCCUUGAUGAAAAAAGUUUGGACACCCCUGAGCUAGACAAUUAAAGGAAUUACAUCUCCAUAGACACAAGCAUCUGGCAAAAAAGUUGCAUAGAGUACCUUUAACGUAAUAACAUAAAACUAAAUGACCAAAACUGUUCUAGAGAAGUUGUGUCAUAAUCUUACCAAAUAUGAAGUCACCAGUCUUUAUGUAUAAGCUCUGACAAUUUUUAGUGGAAGUCAUUGGAAAACCCCUAUAUUUUCUGGCCAUACAUGUCACACAUAUGAACUGCAGAUUUUGACUUUAUAGACACAUAUAUCUUAAUGUACUUUUUACUUCACCAAUGGCCUCAACUUACAACUUAGAUUUUAUUCACCAUAUCUUUUAUGUGGCUGUUAAAGUGUAACUGUAUAAGGUAAUGGCAGGACAUGUACAGGCUUUAGAGCUGAUGAAUCAACAUUUGGGAUAGUCCCUCUCAUACUUGACUUUUUAUGAUGAUAUACAAUUACAUGUAACAUUUAACCCAAUCAAGCUUUGGAAAAAAAACUACUGUUCGUGAAUGGCAUUUUAGUUGUCUAUGCUUGCCUUUAGAUGCUCUGUCUAACGUUUCUGGUGGUGGAGAUUAUGCUACCUGCUUGUUUCCAUGGCAAAGUCGUUGCUUUGCCUACUUUGUACCCCAUUAUGGCAUUAAAUGUAUAUCUUGUAUUUAUUCAGUGACAGGUUUUUAUUGAUAAACAAAAUCCAAACUGUAACUUUACCUAGUGGUGUCUUCAUGAACAUGGAUGGGGUUAAUGCUAUGCUGUGGAACAUUUUAGGCAAAGCAAAACAUCUCUAUGGAGUGUGAUAGAUGGCAGAUGAAGUUACACAGUGAAGUUCUGCUGUUAUUAUAUUUUCUGGCGUUCACACUUCAAAACUAUUUUCAUAACACUUUUCAUAACACUUUUAUAACUAUUUUUAAUCCAUCAAAACAAUCACAUUCUGCCCCAAUCAUUGACCCAAUAUGCCUUCGUCAGAUUAGGUGUAAGAAGAUAGUCAUCUGGCAGCUUCUGUAGCAGGAUUUGGUCAGAAAAAUCCACUUUCGAAUCCAAACGGAAAUCCAGACAGUGGUCCUUUGCCAAUAACCCUUGCAUGUUUGUACAGAAUUUUGAGGAAUUGUUUUGUUUCGAGAAUUCACCACAUAAUUAUAAAUGUUUAAAGUGAAAUUGCUUGCACACGUCAAGCAAGCCACCACAUAAUCUCCAAGUUAUCUAAGGUCUUCAUUAAAAAAAAACAAGUAUAGACAAUCAUACAAACUAUUUAAAUCAACCACUGUACAUAACACUAAAUAUUAAGCGAGUGAAAACACUAGGUAACUGACUUGGUUACAUCUCUUUAUUUCACAGGAGGACCUAAACUAAACUAAACUGAACUAAAAUAAAAUUUCACAGUCCCCUCAGUUAGUCACAUGACUCUGGACCCUGUCUCCAUGUCUCUGUACAGUUCUUCUUAAUUUAAACAUGACUAUAGUAACUUGUGUAGGAUAUUAUUAUAUUGUACCUGAUGACUGUCCAGUGGAGUAUGUUAAGGAUCUAUUGUGUAAUGUUAUUCUGUUCAUGCACCAAACCUUUUUUGUCUCGUCCGUUUUUCCUUAUGUCUGUGAUGUUAUUAUCUGCAAAUUCAACAAUAAAAAGGGAAUUAAGUACA